ACUGACGGUGGAUUCAGCACGACGAUGGUGAUUGGUCAGAUGAUGACAGCAUGGAGGAGGCAGUGGACCAAUAUAUGCAGAGUGUACGUUUCUAAUUCUCUUUGGCAAGGUCACUCCCAAUGGAUGGAAUGGGAGUGGUGGCAGAGACGAGGUCCAUAACUACAUCACUGGAGGGAGCGAGUGAAGUAGGAAUGGUGAUGUUGUGUGAUAGUGAGGAAAAUGAGAAAGAAUUGGCGAAGAGAUUUGAGGAGGAGGAGGUGGUGGCAGAGGAGGAGGAGGUGGAGGAAGUGGGAGUUAUUUGUUUCUCAGCACCUUCAUCAAAGAGGAACCGUCAGCAGAACCAACAGCAACAAGUUGAACAGGCCAAGUCGACUCUCGAGGAAAAGAUCUCCAAAUUGCUAAAUCGCGAAGAAAAAAUGGACAAUCUUGAAGAUAAAGCAGAAGCGCUUCAGGUCCAGGCCUUUGCGUUCCAGAAGGCCGUGCAGAAGAUUCCUAAACAACACCGUCCAUUGGAAGAUGAAUUUUUCUGUUUAAAUGCCAACUUCGCACAGGAGGCCAUGUCGAGUGACAACUCUUUGGCAUCUAGCGGGUCACUGAUUUUGUGGGAAGGGUUUUCGGAGGAAGAGUUUUCGGGGAUCAGUUGACUCUCUUGCCCCAAUCACUGGAUGAGGGGAGGAGGAGGAAGGAAGAGAGGUACCCGGAAGUGAGGGUGACUCAGCUGGAGGGCCUGUUCCAGAACCAACACGACACGGGGUACUGGGAACUGGACUGUCUCGACCUGCUGCAGCUGGACUCUGAGAGGGUCAGGAACCUUCUGGAACAGUCCGGAUGCAAAUCUCUCGGUCAAUCAGUGUGCACAGACCUGCUGAGGCUUGUUGCCACACUAACCAUACUCAAGAUCCUCAGUAAAGUACUGGAACACUUGUUCCCGCUCUCAUUCUCUCCAAGACUGGCCAUACGUGACAGAGUUGACUCAGAGUUUGCAGGAGGAGUGGAGAAGGCAGUGGCCUAUUUCAACCAAACUGAGUCCCGCCACCCCAGUCUGUGUGCCAGACUGGAGCUGGGCUAUAGCUGGGAGGAGGCGGCCAGGAACAUCAUCUCACAAUGUCUGUGAACUCCAUCUUAUAAUACAAACAGGGACUAUAAUGUGUUUAGCAGAUGAGUUUUUUAGCACAGUCUGGUAGAGAUUAUUACUGAGAAGGGUGUCUCAUGCAGUUGUUUGUGUUUUUGGGUGUACUGC